UGGGAGACGAAGAGAAAAGAGAAGCUCACACUUUUUAAUCCAGUCGGUGUGAAGAGAUCCCUCCGCUGCUCGCCUGUUCCUGUUGUAGUCGUCGCUUCCCUAAAGCCUUGGUCUUGUUCAGGUCCCUUGGGGCUCAUAUCAUUGUAUUUAACAUUUUUCAAGUUCUUAGGUGUUGGGUUCAAUUCUCCAGGUUCACUGGUCCAAUAGCUUUUACUUAGUUAUUCACCGUGGAGAUGUUAGCUUAACAGUUUUAGUUUAGUUUUUCUUUAGCUGCACAAGCACAUAUGUUGAAUUCAUAACUCAGUUUCAUUUCGUUAUUAAUUGGGAAUAAGACAUGCAUACACUCUUAAUGUUCAAAUUUUAAAUGAUUUUUCCCUCAUGGGGUAAUUUAACUAUAAAUAAUGAGCAUUAGUUAAAUGAAUAUUCUUUUUUACUGUUAAAUUGGUGUACUCUCAAGGCUUGUUGAUCUCAGGGGUUAUGGUCAGCCUAGCAUUGGGAUAAAUGCCAUCGCCUGUUCUGUUAUCUGUUUGAAUGGCCAACAGAGUUCAAAUUCCAACAAGAAACUCUGCACUCAUUGCUAUGAUUGCCGAUGAGGACACAGUAACUGGAUUUCUAUUAGCUGGAGUUGGCAAUGUGGACUUGCGAAGGAAGACAAAUUACCUUAUUGUGGACUCAAAAACAACGAUGAAACAAAUUGAGGAUGCAUUCAGAGAGUUCACAACAAGAGAGGACAUUGCAGUAGUGUUAAUCAGUCAAUACGUUGCAAACAUGAUAAGGUUCUUAGUAGAUGGCUACAACAAACCGAUUCCAGCAAUUUUGGAGAUCCCAUCAAAGGACCAUCCUUACGAUCCCACACACGAUUCGGUACUUUCACGAGUGAAGUACCUCUUCUCAGCUGAGUCAGUGGCGUCUGGGAGGCGUUAACUUUCCACCGUCAGCUGUUGAAGAGUUGUGUCCUGAACCAUUUGAAGUAGUAGUUUGCGCUGGAGUUGUUUCUUGUCUUAAGAUUGUUAUAUAUAUAUAUUCUUUUCUAUGCACAAUAAGCAAUGUUUAUGGAAAGUAAACAGAGACCGAAGGAAAGGUCAUAUCUGCGUUUUCCAUUAUUCAUUUGAAAGCAGCCAAGAGAGGGCUAUUUCUGUUGAUUGCUACUGUCACUCUUUUAUGUAUUCAGCAUUCCCAGUUAUUUAUUAUCUGUUUAUUUUGUUUUAUUAAAAAAAUUAGUGCA